AUGAACGAGUUGGACGAAGAGACGAGAGAAGAAAUUUUCUCAAUCAUCGCCAAAGCGAUCGAAAACGAAAAUAUCUACGAAAGCGUAAAUAAGUACAAGACAGACAUAACUGUGUUAAAUAGCGAACAAUCCAGUUUCGGGGCGUUCGAAUUCAUACUCGGCGUGAACGUAGCCGCGAAUCUGUUCAACGGGCGAGAAAUCUACAUGGACCUCUUCGUUAAAAUCUCCGACAAAUCGAAAUCCAACAGAAAAAUAUUCCGCAGACAAAAGCACACGUACACUGAAAUCUUUUGGAAUAUCCACCAAUUCUUGAUGCACAAACAUAUGAGCAGUCAAUUCGAUUUCAUCGAUAUUUGGCCCAUUCCCUUCAAAAUGUUCUCGACCGACACCAGAGAGGUCCUGAUAUACAACAAACUAAGUGAAAUCGGCUACACGUUCCCUUUGAAUAAAUUCUCAGCACCGAAAUUAAUGAACUACGGGGUGUUGGCGAUGCUGGCGAAAUUCCACGCUGUCUCGUUUGCCUUUCGCGAACAGAAACCCGAAGAGUUUAGCGCCCUCGUGAAAGAAUGGAACAAAGAAACUACUCCGGAAGAAAUUCUCUCCAAACACCCCAACGUCUGCGCCAUCUUAAAAACGGGAUUGAAAAUGACCAUUGACAUGCUAAAGGAAGAACAGAAAACCGAUUUGGUCGAUAAAAUCAAGAAUGAUUUCAAAAACGGUGCUCUGGCUGUGAUUACAAAAGUUCUAUCAGAACGUCCUGAUGAUUGUGUGGUUGUUCACGGAGAUCUUUGGUUGAAUAAUAUUAUGGUCAAAAAUAAAGUAUACGAUUCUACGACUGAGAUGAACCUAAAAUUCAUCAACUGGGAAUUAUCGACAAUCCACUCCCCCGCUUUGGAUCUAGCAUACUACAUCUACUUCACCAUAUCAGAAGAACCCCACGAAAUAUUCGAACAUUACGUAGAAUACUACUACAAGGAGUUCCACGCGUAUCUGAUUAAAUACGAGAGCGAUCCAGAUAAAUCGUUUCCCUUUCUAAAGCUCCUGGACCAUCUCUCGAAGUACUCCAUCUACGCGUUGAUAAUGACAUUGAGUGCGGUACCGUUUAUCACUGUAAAUUCGUUAUACGUCAAAAACGAGAGCGUUAUUGAAGGGAAAAAUGAUGAAAACUGCGGAAAAUACCAAAAAUACGAACGGUUAAAAUACUCCAAUCUUCGAAAAGAAGUUAAAGAUUUCGUUAGUAAAAAGAUUAUUAGUGUUCUUGAAUUGCACUAUAAGUAUUUUAGUGGAUAA